AUAUUUUUUAUAAUUGUAAAUUUCUUAUUUUUUAUCAUAAAUAAAAAUGUCUUCUGAGACAUAUUAUAAGUCUCUUAAAGUUUCUGCACUUAAGGAACUUUUACAAAAACGGUUUUUAACAGUAAAAGGUAAAAAGGAAGAUAUGGUCGCACGUUUAUUAGAGGCUGAUAAAUCUGAUAACGAUAAGCUUAAUGUUUCUCGGCCUUCUAAAGUCUCUAAGGAUGAUCUGGGUGAUCUUGCUCCUCCAGAAGAUGAAAUUGAUUGGGAAGAUGAUGCUACUGACAUACCAAUAAAAUCUACUUUGUUUGAAAAAACACCAAUUAUACAUAAUUUUGAUAAGUUAAUUAAUUCUAAAAAAAAUUUCAAACAGAAUAAUCCUCAAAAAAUACAAAAAGAUUCCAAUUUUAAAUUCGUUUCUAUUGCAUCUAUAUUUUCCGCAUCAUCUGAUUCUAUAAAUAAUGUUUCUGUUAAGGAAAAAGCUAUACUGAAAAAUCUUCCUUCUAUUAAGAAAAGAAGUAGUGAAAAUGCUUUUGAUAUGGAUUGGCAAUUAAUUGAAAAUGAAAUUGUUAAACGUAAAAUUAGAGCAUCUCGUUUUGGAAUUUCAGAAAAUGAAAACAAUAAAAGACUUGAAAGAUGUAUUCGUUUUAAAGUAAUGGAUACUGUAAAACUUGAUGAUUAUAAUAAUUUUUCAAGUGAAACACUUGAUAAAAAUACAAAAUUUGUAAAAUCUAGAAUCUUAAAUAACCUAGUAGAAAAUGAAAAAGUACAGAGAAGAGCGGAGAGAUUUGGAAAAAAAAUAAGGAAAUAAAAUGAUUUUUUAUGGAAGUAUUCAUGAUUAUUUUGUUUUAAAUUUU